AUGUUAUCAGGUUGUUGGCUGCUUUCGGACUUAGACGGAACCCUUAUCAGUACACCCCACAAGGCUCAAGGGAAAUAUCCGUCAAUCACGCAAAGCCCUUGCUUUGAUCCCAUUCGACGCUGGCUUAUGAAUGGCGGCAGUGUUUGCAUCAUUACCACUGCAGAUCUACGCACAUUGAGCCAGGUAUAUUUUCCUUUACAGCCAUACCUUGCGCAGGGAAGGGUUGGUAGUCCUCAACAAGAUCCUCAAAAAAGUGGCAACAGUAAUCGGAACAUACCCAAGACUAAUAAUUCUCAUGCUUUAGGCACAACAUUGUCUAGCACUGAGGCUUACCAGCCCGGCAAGAACGUGUCGUCUCUCUCAAACGAGAAUACAGAGGCGUCUGAACCUUUUGGUAAGGGGUCGCUAUUAUUGAGUCUCUAUUCCGGUGCAGCGUUGUACCGGUGUACCUCUAACUCAGUAGAGCUUCUGACGGAUUACGUCAAUUCCAUUCAUUUCGCUACACCUGAAUCUACUGAUAUGCUUAAGUCUUGCAAAACACUACCGGUGCAGGUGCAGAUUGAGAACAAGUCCAGUAGUGACAACAAAAAUGUGGGAUUCGGCACCGCAAAUUGUGUACAGGGGACGUGCAUUAAUCGAGGUGUGAGCAAAAAGCUUUUGAGUUAUCUAACCAACCUAUAUGAACGCUUCAUUUUUGAUCUUCUUAGCGGAGAACCGGUCGUCGUCUCGGCCUCAUUACGGCUAUCUCGUCGUUACCAGAUGAUGUGGAUCAUGAUACUACGUUAUUUGGAUGAUAUUUACCAAAGCGUGCAUCCAGAGCGACUCGCUGAGAAGCCGAUAUUGGAGAGCAGCAAAGAUUUCGCAGCGUAUCUAUCUACUAUGCGGUGUGACGCUGAGGCGGUUUUAUGGAAAAUGAGGUAUCUCCGGUCUCGCCCGGAUCUCCUCAUUUGUCUGGGGGUGUUACGCGUCGAAUAUAUUGUGGACACGGCCUUUUCCAGCGUUGCUCCUGCGUCCUUGGGCCAGUGUAAGCUCCAGGAAAGCAAGGACCAGGCGUUGCUGAUAGAAAGCGUCAAGUCUUUACUUCUCAAGGAUCUUCCCCAGGACAUGAACUCAAGGGCAGAGGCCUUUGCUUCUCAUAUGAUUCAUGCGCUCGGCGUCGAUCCGGGGUGUUUGAGGAAACGGCACCAAGAAACGGACUCUACGCUUGUGGACGUUGCUCAGGUCAUCGUCCUUGGCAUUCCUCUAGGACUAUUUUCCCGUUAUUUUGUGAAGUCCAUACCCGAGUUUGCUCGCAUCGGGGUCAAUAUCAUGCCGCAGCCAAACAGCGUGGUGUUUUCAAAGCUCGGGAUCAACAAAUCCACCACGGUGCAGUACCUGCUCGGGGAAAACGUGGACCGUAAUCGAUCGUUUCCGAAGGUGGUGGGGGUGGGGAGCUCGCCCUCACACCGCGGUCCUUGUGGGCCGACGCCUGUUUGUAGUGCGAAGAUCCUCGCCCUCGGGGAUAAUCCUCACACGACAGAUCACGGGCUCACUGUCUUCCGCAAGGUGAGGUUCAUCUCAGUUGAGAAGAUGUCGCAGCGCGAGGAGCGGCAUCAGCGAAUCGAACGCCGCCUGAAUCGAACACGGAUGUUAGAGCGGCUCGGGGAGAAACCACGCAUGCCGGAUGGCUCUACGGCGCCGUCUUUCAAGGAGCUCGUGGCCUCUCUGACCAAAUGUGGGCCUUUGAUGGACGAUCGCUUGUUCCCAAACAUCGCCUACGUUGGCAACGAGGAAGAUGGUACUGCCAUUUUCCUGACUACUCUUAUGGAUGAACUGAAUGUGCCGCCCUUUAAUAUCUCCACUAAAUUGGCUUGUAAAGCAGGCGCAACUCCAGUAGAUCCGGAAACAUUUACUGAGGCGCUAUCUAAAGCGGUGGAAUUGGCAAGUUGUGAAGCUCAAGCAGGGAAAACAAAAUCGAAUCUUUGA